UGCGCAAUCGGUAGGCUGCAUUUGCAAAGCAGCAGUGGUGAAGUGGACAACACACCAAAACCGAGGAAAAUACCGGUGUUGGAAAUAUUUAUUGAAAUCAUGUUUUAACUGCCCGCCUUCUCCUGGAAAUGUGACUGAGUGGGUAGCCGAUGUUGCAUUAGUGCCUGUGUGACAUGCUGGCUUGCUUGCCAGUAUCCAACCCCACAUUCCAGCUUCGUUCCCACUCGCAGAUGAACACUGGACUUCAGAAAUGGGACACCACGCAGAAGAUGAGAUCCGCACAUUAUCCCUCCCCAGCGGAACUGGAUGCCUAUGCUAAGAAAGUCGCCAACACCCCUCUGACCAUCAAGAUCUUCCCCAACAGCGUGCAGGUGCCGCAGAGGAAACACGUGAGACGCACAGUCAACGGCCUCGACACCACCACCUCCUCCUCCUCCAACCAUCGCUACAGCCCUUACCCUUCCUCCCACCAGGACGCCUCCUCUUCCUCCUCCUCCUCCACGCGCUCGGGCCUCCUCGCCAUCGUCAAGGUGCCCGUGCCCGUCGUCAAGAGCGCCGUCUUGAAGGGCCUGGACGUCAGCUGCCGCCACCAUCACCACCAUCGCUUUCUGACUUCCAAGCCGGUCAUAAACAUGAACCACCCGCAGCAGCAACAUCACCCCCAGCAACAACAACAACAACAACACCACCACCCCCCACAUCCCCACCCCUUACAUCCACAUGGCGGGCCCUAUUCGGCCGUCCAGAGCACUUUAGUACCCCCCCAGCAGCAGCAGCAGACGGCCCCCACCGGACACAUGCAGGCUCUCCCUCGGCCCCAGUCCCAGUCGCAGUCCCAGGUGUCAGCCAUGGCCCACAAGCAGCAAGGCUUGUCUUCGCUCCAGCUCCAGCAGCAGCAGCAAGGCAUGGCUCGGCCCCAGACCAUCCAGCACCAUGGGAUUCCUCCCCACCCCAGUUUACGGCCUCAGCCCCAGGCCAGUCUGGUCCGACAGCAGCAGCAGGCUCUGCAGCAACAGCAGCAGCAGCAGCAGCAGCCGCCGAGACUGAGCCACCCCCAGACUCUAUUACAGCAGCAGCAGCAGCAUCAGCAGCUGCCGCAGCAGUCGGCCGCCCAGGGCCUGAGGCUCCUGGCCGAGAUGGCUCCCAGCAGGGCUCCUCCUCCUUCCUCCUCAUCCAUGCUGCCUCCUCACAUCCUCCAGGCCCAGCAGCAGCAGCAGCAGCAGCAGCAGCAGUCGGCCCUCUCCUCUCAGCCCCAGACUCUGCCCUCUCAGGCCCCAUCGGCUGCUGCAGGAGCUGGGCCCGGCCCCGGAGCUGGUCCUGGAGGACCAGGCAAUGGGCUUAGACCUGGAGGCCCCGGCUCUGUACCCGUGGCCGGAGCCGUAGGUCCCCCGGGCGGUCCCUCCACCUCUGGCAUGCUGGUGGUCCCAGACAUGCAGGGUGGUGCAGGAGGCCCCCCUCUAGGGCCGCCUGGAGGACCGCCCGGACAAGGUGGCGUCCCGGCCCGCAAGAUGCCGGACGGCGACGCGCCCCCCAACGUGACUGUGUCUACCUCAACCAUCCCGCUGUCCAUGGCGGCCAGCCUGCACCACAACCGGCCCAGCGACCUCAGCAGCAUCGUGCACCAGAUCAACCAGUUCUGCCAGGCGCGCGCGGCCGCCGGCGGGGCCAGCACCUCGGUGUGCGAGGGCCAGAUCGCCAACCCCAGCCCCAUCAGCCGCAACCUGCUCAUCAACCACAGCUCCCGCUCCUCUUGUGGACCGCACCCACACCAACAUCCACACCAACAUCCCCAUCCGCACCCACACCAGCUACCCAAUAAUAACAACCCCAUGUCUAUCUCCAUUCCCCGCCCCGGCCUUGGCCCUUGUCCACCCGGACCUGGUUCUCUGUCCUCAGGCCCUUCCUCCUGCGCCCUCAACCCCGACGCCAACAGUGCUGCCCUGGCUGCCAUCGCUGCUGCUGGUGCCUCCUCUGUGGCGGCCAUGAACAUGAACAUGAGCAUGGGUAGGCUGCCUCUGUACCAGAGCAACCCCCUGAAACAGCCGCAACCUCAGCAGCAGCACCCGCAGCAUCAGCACCCGCAGGGCCCCUGGAAGCAUCAGCAGCAGACGGGCCAGUCGCAGCCCCUGAGCCACCUGCCGCCGCACCUGUCCGACGGCCCGCCGCCCUGCAAGAGCGUGGCCCGCGAGGACCCCUCCGGCUCGGGCUUCCCCACCAAGGGGCUCCCCUUCUCCCAGGAGUCCUGCAUGGGGCCCUCGCAGCAGCAGAAGCAGCAGCAGCAGCAGGCCUACAGCCUCAAAGCCCCGCUGGACAGACCCACGCCGUCGCCACCGGUGGUGAACGGCUUGCCCGGAGGGCCCCCGGGCAUGAACUACAGUAACGGGCACUACAUCCAGCAGUCGCAGCAGACGCCCUGGGGCAGCAUCCUGCCCACGCCCAACAGCGACAGCUCCGGCUCGCAGGACAUGACGCUCAACUUCCACGGAGGCCUGCCCGGGGGCAGCAGCAGCGCCGUGGUGGACUGUGCCCAGGCCAGCCACUACAGGACUGGGGGGAUGGGCAACGGUGCCAACGGUGGCCUCCCGGCAGGGCUGGUGGACUACAUGGGUGGUGGUGGUGGCGGGGACUUCCCGUGCUUCCGGGAUCAGUCCGGCAACUUGGGCAUGAUGGGUAAGAUGCCCACCAGGCUGCCCGCCGCCGCUGCUGCUGCUGCAGCUGCUGCAAUGGCUGCCACCGCCAGAGCCAACGACACGGGCGACGCUAGAAAUGUUCCCAUGCACCACCACCCAGGGUACAGAUGAGGCCGGAAACUAACGAGAGAAAAAAAGGUCAUCGGCCGGUCUGACUUAACAAAUACAAAAACAAGGAAAAAAAACAGCAAUUAAUGAAACAUGCUCAUUACCCAGUCUCGUGAGUUAAUCCACCAAGAGCUCCGGUUUCCCAGACAAGUAUUAAAACAAGUCCUUGGCUAAAAAUGGAAUUUAGAAGAGGAAAAGGAAACAUCGUUUUCUUGUGGGGAUUUUCUUUUUUCUUUCCUUCUUUUUUUUUUUGAAUAGUUGAAUAGUGAGAUUGCAUCCAGGGUUAAUCCCUGUCUGAGAAACCAGCUCCAAGUGUUAGAAUAAUGAAUAGUGCUCUUAUGGUGUUAUGUGAAGGUCAUAAACUCCCCAGCUUUUCCUAUAUUUCUCUGUGUCCCUGGGGGUGAAACUAGGGGUUCUAACAACUCGUAUAGAUUUACUUUUCCGUUAGAUUUUUUUGUUGUUGUUGGAUAAAAGAAACAGUGGCUUCAUUUUCUAUCUGCCCCUGAAAUAAAUUGAGCCCAGUUUUGUUGUCCGUAAAACAAAAACCAACAAAAAAAACAUGCAUAGUGUUGCGCAUACUCGUAGUGUUUACAAGUAGGGAAUGUUCAUGUCAUCUUCAUGACUACAUUGAAACCCAACCCACCAUCUUCUCCUAUUCUCCUUCCUCGUCUUAAAAAAGUAGAACAAAAUUGAUUUAGAUAUAAUAGGACACUGUGAGGAAUAGGAUAUUUCUAUAAUCUAGAACAUUGACGUUUGUUUUGGUUGGUUUGUUAGCCCACUAGGUCUGUAAAGAUCUCCUCUAAAGAAGUGCCAUGGAAACUUGUGCACUCGAGAAACCAGGUUGAACAUAAAAUCAGUGUUCUCCUCUCGGACGUUUACUCAAUAUCGCUUGCUAUUACUGUCGUCACUGAACGCAGGGGGAACACUACGGAAUAAGGAACAAGUGUUGGUUGGCUUGGCGCAAGUGCACAUUAGGAGAUGAGACUGUUGAUAAUUUCGAGACUGUUGUUGUAAUUUCAGGUUCAAAAGUUUAGACAGGCUGUUUUUAAAGAGUUCUGCAGAAGCAUUUUACAGAGCGUUUUUUGGUCUCACUGUCAAACAGUGUGUCUUUGAUUGUCCAGGAAAUAUUUGUUUCCGAUUUCCUCCAUGUAGGAUUUCCAUUGGAACUUGUGCCAUGUCCUCUCUCUCUCUCUCUCUCUCUCUCUAUCGUGUUGUUUCUUAUGGAAGAGCUAUCACUACUUGAAUUGAAUUCCUGAAGGUGAUUCCUGGCGAUCCUGGGGUGCAUUUCUCGAAAGCGUAGUUGCUAACUACGGUAGCUACUUUGUUGGUUGCAAUGCAAUUUCCCAUUGGCAACUACCCAAGUUGCUAAAUGCUAACAACUAUGCUUUUGAGAAAUGCACUCCUGAAAUGUAUUGUACAUUUUGGCCUAAAAUGGAAAAAAAAUCUUCCCCUUUCUUUUUUUAUGUUGUGUUUUUUUAUUAGUUUAUCGUAGUUGUAGUUCUAACGAACGAUGGGAGGUUUUUCGAAAAACCCUAAAGACCAAAUGGAUUGCUAGCGAGAGCAGCAUGAUGCCACACUGUACUGUACUAACUGUAUAAUCAGGUCCUUACUACUCCUCUACUGCACACUGUUUUCCACUGCCCUACUACUAUACUACUAUUACUACUGUGUUUGUGAUGCAAAGCUAGCACUGUACCUCGGUGUAGGAGCUACAACACAAGCAUACUUCUGCUGCUCUUGUAAGCAGUCCCAUAAGGUGUCACCUUUGGCAACGAGGGUCGUCUCCACUGAAGUCAAGUGGCUUAGCUCUUGCCUGGAGAGGUGACCUGCAUCCUCUCUCUCUCUCUCUCUCUCUCUCUCUCUCUCUCUCUCUCUCUCUCUCUCUCUCUCUCUCUCUCUCUCUCUCUCUCUCUCUCUGUCUGGAUAUCACUGUAGAAGGGAUCUCCUGCCUGUGGUAGUCCCUGCCUGUGCCCUAAAAGGCAAGUGUUGACAUUUGUGCCCUUCUCUGUCUCUCUCUCUCUCUCUCUCUCUCUCUCUCUCUCCCUCCCUCCCUCCAUGGCUGUGUGGUUGGUAGUGAAUCUCCUGGUUGUCAGUGUUUUUGUUAUGGCCUUGCCAUCUGUGUUCUCAGGUCUGCCCGUGCCUCCUCCUCCUGCCCCCUCUCUUACAGUCAGCCAUUUUGAGUUUUUUUAGGGUCGUUUUGCUUUUUGAAUUGGAAGGGCGACUCAGGAGUCCUCAGUGAAGAAUAGUCUGUUUUUUGUCUUUCUUUGUCUCUUUUCAUGUUCCUCCUUUUUCCUCCUUUUCUUUUUUUUCCCUUUCUCGUUAAUGGCAGUGAACACACUUUAGUUGUUUAUUUGUGUGGGGUUUGUGGGCUGCUCGAAGCCUACUGCUAUGGUUCCCCCUACUACCCCCUGGUUGUAAAGCCUUAAGAUAUUUAGUCUGUUGACUUGAGUGUGGUGCAGAAGUCUAAAUUUAAUAACGAUAUUAGCAAGUAUACUAAAAAAACAUAAUUUUAAUCUAAGAAUAAUGUUAAUUUGAAACUGGUUUUAAGGGGACAGGGAGGGUUAACUUGUUCGUGAAUUUUUUUCUACAGGUUCAAGCACUGGGCUCAAACAGUUUCGUUGUUUGUUAGCACUAUUGUCAGACCACGUCUUGAAAUAAUGUUCACCCUUUUUUCUUUUCUUUUUGCUGCUGAUGUGAAAUAAUCGGAAGUUCUUCUUGCCCCAUCAUGUGUCUUGAGUGUAUGUGUCUGUGUGAGUGUAUGUGUGUGUGUGUGUGUGUGUGUGUGUGAGUGUAUGUGUGUUUGUGUGUGCAUGCCCGAGGCGUGCAUAGGACAUGCGGUCAGAGAGGUCAGAACAUACACACAGUCUUCAGUUCUGAACUCGUAAAUAAAAGGGUUGUCUCGGA